UUGGUACCAAUUUAUACAUUCGACUCGCCGCCUUCGCAUCCUUCGCCUUCAAUCGAACUACCAGAAGUGACAGCCGACGAUCGCGCUUACGUAGUCUACAGUUCUGGUACUACCGGUAAACCUAAAGGUAUCGAGUGUCCACAUCGAGGUGCCGUGUUAUCUUACAAAUAUCGCUUUCACAAAUAUCCAUACGAAGAGGGCGAACGAGAAGCGUGCAAUGUGUUUUUCGUCUGGGAGCUGUUUAGACCAAUUCUUAAAGGAAUUCGCAUGCACGUGAUUCCGGAUAAUGUCAUUUACGAUCCGCCACAACUGUGUCGAUUCCUGAAUGCAAAAAAGAUAACACGGAUGCUGUUCACGCCGUCGCUGCUGGAAGCUGUUCUGGAUACGCAAACUCCGGAAACUAUUCGAGGAGCUUUCAGCUCAUUUGGGACAAUAUUUCUGUGUGGUGAAGUAGUGACUUACUCACUGCUGAGACGUAUUAUUGAUAUUCUUCCUGAAUUACAAAUUUUUGUUGGUGGCCCAACACUCGCAACCGGAUAUAUAAAUCGACCGGAGCUGAAUCGGAGUCGCUUUGUUUCGGUACCGGAGGAACUGCAGAGUGAGCUUGGUGAACGAAUGUACAGGACUGGUGACUGGGGAUAUUUGCUGCCUGAUUCCAUCUUAGAAAUUUGUGGACGCUGUGAUUCGCUCGUUAAAAUUCGUGGAUACAGCAUCGAAAUGCUGGCCGUAGAAGCAGCCAUCCUGGAGUUGCCGUACGUGAAAUCAUGCGUAGUGGUAAGCGUGGGCAGCGAAGGAAGCGACAAGCAGUUGGCAGCUUACGCUGUGCUCAAUAAAACAGUUUCUAGGAAGCAAAUGAGAGCAGACUUAAAGAAGCGCCUACCUUUUUACAUGGUUCCCAAUUACUUCGUUUAUCUGGACAGCUUGCCGGUGGUUCCGUCAUCAUCGAAAAUUGACAAACAUGCACUUCCUGCAAUCGAUAUGCAAAAUGAUGUGGUAGAAGCAAAUGCGUUACCGAAAACCGCAACCGAGGAGCGAUUAGCCAAGGUUUGGGCUGAAGUAUUAUCGCGGUCAGUGAUCGAUAUUCAGGAAAGCUUCUUCGAUCUUGGAGGUCACUCACUGAUGGCAGCUCGUUUGCUGCGUAAAGUUGAGGAUGAAUUCGGUGUGGCAUUAAGUAUGCGCGAUCUGUUCGCCACUGGCACGGUAUCAUCGAUGGCUCGGCUUAUUGAUCAUAACGAGAACGAUGUACUCGAGCAGUCCAUCAGUCUGGCUCAUCAGGUCAAAAUACAUGACUACAAGGAUAAUGUAAUGGAUUUACAUUUACGCGCAUUUUGGCGUUCUACGGAAUGGGACUAUCGCUUCUCACGUGGCACUGUCCUGCUCACUGGUGUUACCGGUUUUAUUGGUUCACAUCUACUUGUUAAACUUUUGCUCACUUCUAAGGCGCGAGUGAUCUGUUUAAUAAGAGAGAGCACAGCCGUCAGUGUCCAGUCCAGACUGGAAACUAACAUCGAGAAAUCUGGCUUAAUGACAAACACAGUUGCGAAUUUGCUGAAAACUCGCGUAAAAGCGAUUGCUGGUGAUGUAGCGCUGAUUCACUUAGGUCUCACUGAAGAGGAUUACUUAUUUCUGACGUAUGAGGUCGACACGGUGGUUCAUGCUGCUGCCUACGUCAAUCUCAUAUACCCAUAUCAAGCACUGCACGGUAUAAAUGUAUUGGGCACAAGAAACAUUCUGGAUUUUUGCCAUCAGAACAAAAUCAAGCCUCUUCAUUACAUCAGGUACAUUGUUUACUUCAUACGUUCGCAGCAAUUUUAAUA